AUGGGCCCCUGUACCGCCUCCUCAUGCUGCUGCCAGGCCCGUAAUCUGCCAUGGGCCCCCGUACCGACUCCUCAUGCUGCUGCUAGACCCGUAAUCUGUCAUGGGCCCCUGUACCGCCUCCUCAUGCUGCUGCCAGGUCCAGAGUGUGUCAUGGGUCCCUGUACGGCCUCCCAUUGCUGCUGUCUCCAUCGCCACACUCUGCCAUGUGCCACUUUCAGGUCUCCUCACACUGCUGGUGGGUUCCAUUUUUUCAUAGGGUGCUGUAUGGCCUCCCAUUGCUGCUGCUGCCUCCACCGCCACACUGUGGCUCCACACUCUGGUUUUGGCCCCGUGACUGCCCAAAUGAGUGAAGUGUGCGGUGAUUCUAAGAUCGACGGCACUCAUCUGCAUGUCAUACUGACUGACAGUAUUAUUUCUCUUCCCCAGCAGACUCCAAGGGCAUUUAAAUUAAAGGUACAGUGUUCUGCACUAAUAUAA